AUGGUCCUCCCUCUGGCCUGGCUCUCCCGAUGCUGCCGCCGCCUCCUCCUGCCAUCCUGGGCCCCCACACCCCAGGGCUCCUAGAGGUGCUGCUCCCAGAAUCCCAGGAGAAGCACAGCAGAGACGAGCUCCACACGCAGUGGGAAGAUGUCACCUUCCAGGGAGUGCCAGCCCCGCCCCACAGCUGAGCUGGCCCAGGCAGAGGAGCUGCUGGAGCAGCAGCUGGAGCUGUACCAGGCCCUGGUGGAAGGGCAAGAGGGGGCCUGGGAAGCCCAGGCCCUGGUGCUCAAGACACAGAAGCUGAAGGAACAGAUGCGGAGACACAGAGCCUGGGAGAAGUCGCCUAAGCGUUCCAUCAGUGGCCCCUUCACCCUCCAACCCUGA